CGACCGGACAGAAUGGACAAGAUGUCGAGAUAUCUCGACGAGAGCCGAGCCAUCACCGCUCCGACAACACCCUGUGGCCUCUCAAUAGGCAGCCCCAGCCAGAGAUUCUUCGAGAGUGACAAUGCCAGUGAGAUCGGCACAUGCAAUGGAUUUUCCUCCCAUCCGGGCAGCAAAUCCAAUCUUCUGCUGUGCAUUCAGUGCGAUUUGGAGGCGCGUGCCUGCUCCUACAGACCCCACACACCCUCAAGCAGAUUCGACAGGUACAUCGAGGAGGACAGGGCGAAAAUUUGCGACGAGUGCGACUGCCACUGUCCCCAUUGCAAUAUAAACACACACGACGAGACUGACUUGAUCUGCUUCCGGUGCGAGGAUGAGGAUCCAGCAUUGUGCUCAACAUGCGAGGAGCCCAUCACCGAGGGCACCGACUCCAAUGGCAAGAGCGGACCACCCGGAAACUCAUCGUCCAGUGAUAAUGGCCAUUAUCCGGUCGAUGCUGUCGUCAAAAUUCAGGUCAAUGAUCAGUUAUUGGAUGUUGAUUCGGAUGAUGGUAAUGAGGGCUCGAGCAAUCGCGAUGCCGAGGGGGGGGAUCGGCUGUCACCGAUUGUCGAGCAUGUGUCGGCUUUCAGUGAUGAAGAUAAUGGACAAGAGUCUAAUGGGUCGAAAAUCAAUGGGCAGGCUAGGAGGUAUUUGGACAGCAUGCUCGUUCUUUUCGUGUAAAUAUUUCUGCAUUCAUUUCGCGAUUUCUAGCGAUCCCCCUUCCGCCCCUUUAAAAUGGUUUAUAAAUUCUAGAGAUAUCAAAUAAUUCUCGUAAAUUUUAACACUUCAUCUCCUGAUUUACAAUUCCCCAGAGUCCAUUGACUAAAUUAACGCGUAGACGGUAAUUGAGUAAGACGUCAGCAUAGGCUAAUGUGUUGUAUAUUUUCUACGGGUGACAUGAACGACUGGUUCGAUUAUUUCCCUCAUUUUAGUUGAUAACGAAACAAAUAUAACAGAACAUGACGUGAAUUCACUUCACUGCUCAACGAUUAUAAAUGAAAACUGUACAUAGUCAACUGCCAAGAAUAAUAAAAAUUGAUAUAACGGACAUUAAAAAUGCGAGUGGAGAAUAGGGGGCGUUUAUUCCAAUUAAAACACGAAAUUUCUUAGGGAUUAACACUAGAACUGUAUGAAAAUAAAACGAUCAAAGUGAUGAGUGAAGUGACCCAGAGAUCCAGACAAAUGGAGAAAUCUAGGAUUAAUGAGUAAUUAAUGACGAUAAGGGUGAGCAGUGCAGCAAUGGCAAAAUUGAGAAUAAUAUAGCUUGAUGCGCUUUUUUGUUAUUAAUUAAACACGAACGGUUCGUGUUUGGGACCAAGCAAUACCUGCUUCAAUAUUCGUUAAAUACUUGGAGUGAAUUGCUUUUCUCUAUUCCAGGUGUGCAUUAUCCUGUCACUACGGUUUCGAUAAAAAUACUCGAGUCAAAUUAUCACUCACGAAUAAUUAAAAGUAAAAAAUGUCAUUAGUGAAGUGGUAAAACACGAGAAUUUCCAUCUCAAAAUCAAAGAUAUUUCCCGGUGAAAUAAACUCGCCGUGUUUUAUCGCUUCGCUGUUCUAUCCACUCUUCAUUACCUAGUCUCAUAAAUCACCAAGAAUUGUGAAAAGUGUCUUUAUGAACAAUAUAAAUCCAUGAAGUACCUGCGGAUAAUCGAAGAAGAACAAAUAAAAACGGAAAAAACAAUGAUUUCAUUUGUCAAAAUCCUCUCGAUCACUUGGAUUUUGAGAAUGCCUUUUUUCAUACAACGAUGUCACUCGACGUAACUAAAAAAAUGUACCUUUUUACGAAUUUUGAAAACAACACAUUGGUGGCAUUGAAUUAAACUGUUCUAUGUACAUUCAUCUCAGACAAUAUGAUUCCGGUUAUUCGUCAUGUUUUUACGGCAGAGGUACUUCUAAAUUAUGAAGAAUAGGUGAAUAAAUAUUUAAGACAGACACAAUAGGGAAUGAAAUUCUGCAAUUUUACUGCCACUUUAAGUUAAGACGAAAACAAACUCCUCAACUAGAGAUAUUCAUGUAUCAACGUUUUGAGAGCGCAUCGAAUUCAUGUUAAUCUAUGGAGUGUUGGUACGAAUUCAGUAGAAAAGGGUAAAUCUUCACAAUUGUCAUUUCCUUAUUUCGAUAUGAGGGAGUCCACGUGAAAAAAAUCGCUGAUUUCGUGAUUUUUCUUCUGAUCUUGUCACAAUUGUCUGACGAAGUUAGCCCUUGACUACUGAAUUCACCCCGAACUGUCACUCAUUCCCAAAAAAAUAAAUUUUCGCAUAAUGAGGCACUGGCGAUAUCUCACAGCUCCCCGACAAUUGAAGGAGACCAUCACGAGUGAAACAAUCACCAAUUCAGCGAGAAUUCAUCCAUCCUCUCAUCACAGUGCGUUUUUUUCUGUACAAAGAAAAUACUUUGGAUUUGCUAAUCGAAAUGAACAUUUUAUCAACCGGUAGAAUUAAGGGAUUAACGCCAGACGAUUGAGAAUAGGGGAACUUGAUAAACACUACUGCUAAAUCCUAGUCAUAAUACCGCUAAUAAUGAUAACUUAAUACUAAAUCGUAAUAUUAUGAAAAAUCGAUUAUUUAAAAGGUGAGACAGUGAAAUCGGCUGCAUGAUGAGAGACCACCUGUGCCCAUCGUUCGUUUUAAUAUCCAAUUAACAAGAGGCAGAGCACAAAUACACCAUUUGUAUAGAAAAUGUCAUUUUUUUCUAACUUUAAAACCAUUCCAGUUUGAAAGAGUCUAAAAAGACAAGGAAAGAAUGCGAAGAAAGUGAUAAUAUCUGUCAGAAUUCUAUUGUUAUCAUGACUUUGUAAGAAUGUGGUGGCUUUUAUUCAAUUGGAAUAAUUUUCAAAAUGUUUUAACGAACGACAAACGGAACGAAAUUGAGAAAAACUAAUUGCGUCGUCAGAAUUACUCGAUCCAACGUCUGUUAAUUCCGUGAAACUAAUUGAAAAACACCUGUAAUCCCCACGAUAUGGAUUUUAACUACUGUUGAAAGAGGCACAGAAUCAACUCAACCAAUCAUAUUCAAUGGAAAAAUAUCAACUAUUGCCUCUAAUUAUCAUUAAUUAAUUAUACCACCUAAUAUUGAUUUUAUCAAAGAUUUUAUUAUUGUUACCACACGAGUUACACAAAAUCCUCGCAUUUGUAAAUCAUUAUGAGAUUUUAAUGUAUAUAAUUCAGCUCUGCAUUAGACGUUGAUUUAAAUUUUAAAGAAUAUCCCACGGGACUAAAAAAUAAUUGAUAACUUGUAUGUAUUUCCCUUCAUCAUUUCCAUCGAUUUGCAUUGAAACUAUAAAAAAUCCAUAAUGUAUCUGAAAAUUUGCAUCAUGAAUUUGUCGUCAGUCUGACGUCUAGCCAAUUGUCAUAGAAAUUGAAGGAGAAAUUGCGAAGCUGCUGAUCCUCGAACGAAACAUAAUUCAGUGAUUUUUUUUACUGCACAAAUUUUCUUGAAUCGAAAUAAAUGAAUGAUCAACAA